AUGAGUAUUGUUGUUCUUUUGGUUUAUGUUGAUGAUAUUGUGAUCAUUGGUUUUAAUUCUGCUUUACUUGUCCAGCUUAAGACUCAUCUCUCAGAGUCUUUUCAUAUGAAAGAUCUUGGGUCUCUCACAAAUUUUCUUGGUCUUGAGGUGCAUCGUAGUCCUUCUGGUAUUUCAUUCAAUCAACAUAAGUAUGCUAGUGACUUGAUGUCUACCGCUGGACUACAGGAGGCUACUUUUGUCGAUACUCCCAUGGAAUUAAAUGUCAAGCUUCGCAGAGAGGAGAGUGACCUACUUGCUGAUCCCAGUUUAUACCGGAAGUUGGUAGGUAGCCUUGUCUAUCUCACUAUUACUAGACCUGAUAUUUCUUUUGCUAUACAGCAAGUCAGCCGGUUUCUUCAGACUCCUCGUCAUCUUCAUUUGGCUGCUGUCCAUAGGAUCAUACGCUAUGUUAUGGGCAAUUCUGCCCGUGGAUUAUUCUUUCCUGCAAACAAUUCUCCUCGUCUAACUACUUAUAGCGAUGCUGAUUGGGCUAGUUAUGCUGAUACACAUCGCUCCAUCAUUGGUUGGUGCGUGUUCUUAGGUGAUGCAUUAAUCUCCUGA